AAGUCCGGGCAGCCGAAGAGUGUGGUUAGCAAGAUGAACAAAGAUGCGCAGAUGAGAGCAGCAAUUAACCAAAAGUUGAUAGAAACUGGAGAAAGGGAACGCCUCAAAGAGUUGCUGAGAGCUAAAUUAAUUGAAUGUGGCUGGAAGGAUCAAUUGAAGGCACACUGUAAAGAGGUAAUUAAAGAAAAAGGACUAGAACACGUUACUGUUGAUGACUUGGUGGCUGAAAUCACUCCAAAAGGCAGAGCCCUGGUACCUGACAGUGUAAAGAAGGAGCUCCUACAAAGAAUAAGAACAUUCCUUGCUCAGCAUGCCAGCCUUUAAGAUUGAAUUAGAUUGUGUUAUUCUGUGAUUUUAUUUCUGAAAGUGAAACUUGCCAUAAAUUAGACAUCAGCUUCCCAGAAAAAAAAUCCUUUUUUGUAUGAUGGUAUACAGUUUUCAGUAAUGAUAUACAUUGUAUUGAUUUUUUUUCCCUAAAUGUGUUAUUUUAAUAAAUAUCUCAUGAA